AUGGCAGGAGGCCCCUAUAGAAUCAAGGAGGAGAUGGAAACAUCCAUGGCUGAAGAGCUGGUUCCUGGAAGCUGUGUGCAAAGCCAAGAGCACCUAGUGAUAGCAGAAAUGAAAGAGCAUGGAUCCCAGCCCUUGGGUGCCUCUCAUUGGCGACAAAAAUUGGAUUCAAAGGCUGCUGACUCUGGUUCAGGCCAACCAGUUUGGAAUAAGACUGCCACCCGGGCCAAGAAAAUGGGGCCCCAGGUGUCAAUACCCAGAGUGUUGAAAGAACCAGACCAUGGUGAUGCCAACCCCCGGGAGUAUCCUGGUGGCUUCCAAAGCAGGAGAUUCCAUUAUGAGCGCAACCCAGAGGCAGAUAUGGUGGCAGAGAUUGGCCUGGAAGAGCUAAAUGAACUAGAGAUGGAAGUUAUGAGAAGGCAGCUGCAAGUGAUCACCUGCCGGCUGCAAGCCCUGGAGGAACAAGGUGCCACCUGGCGCCACAGGGAAACUCUGUUCUUCACCAUGCUGGUGUCAGCCUGUGUCGUCAACCUGUGGCUGUGGAUGCGCCAGUGAUGCUUCCUGCUUCCUGAGACUUCUUCUCCUUCCUCUCCUUCCCUUUUCUCCCUGGGCCACCCUUGCCCAUCCUCCUUCCAUCUCCCAGCAGCUCUUAGCAGCAUCAGGGCCAUUUUCCACUCUGGUUACACCCCUGGCCUGGGGAGGCCCUGGCUGCUGGGAGGUAGAGGUCUGAAUGGGCUGAGGCGCAGCCACUUUGGAAGGUGAGGAGGGUGGCAUGUGGCCCCCACAGUGGCAGGUGCUUCCUGCUUGUCCAUCAUGGCUCCAUGGUGACCAUCUCAGAGCUAAACCUUGCCUCUUUGCCCUAAGAGUCCCUUCUGUUCCAUCCUCUGUGGC